AUGGAGAUUAAUCCCCUACAUCCUGCUCUUUUGUUUCCCCUCGGCGACUGUCACUUCUCAUUUCCCCGCGUGUUGACUCGGACCUCCCUCACCUCCCUCACCUCGCUGUCUCCCCCCCGGCUUGUCAACACCAACCCCCCCCCGUGUAGCUUUACAGACAGAGCUGCAGGUCGAGCGUCUGCACAGAAGCCCAGUGAGGAGGGUGGAGGCCGGGACCUGGACCACGGAUCUGCAGGGAGGAGCGAGGAGAUCCGUCCACUGCGACAAUUGCGAGCGGCUUCUGAAGAGAAAGAUAAUACAGGCCACGGGAGCGCGCGGAAGCACAAGUUAGAAGGGUGGGGGAGAGGGGGUGAGGGUGGGGGAGAGGGGGUGGGGGAGAGGGUGGGGGAGAGGGGGUGGGGGAGAGGGUGGGGGAGAGGGGGUGGGGGAGAGGGGAGAGGGGGUGAGGGUGGGGGAGAGGGUGAGGGUGGGGGAGAGGGGGUGAGGGUGGGGGAGAGGGGGUGGGGGAGAGGGGGUGAGGGUGGGGGAGAGGGGGUGAGGGUGGGGGAGAGGGUGAGGGUGGGGGAGAGGGUGAGGGUGGGGGAGAGGGGGUGA